AUGGCUUUGUUAAAACUGAUGAGCGUCAUCCUUUUGCUUUUUCUUGUGGACAGCGCUACGUCCCACCGCUGUAGCUGGACGCAUUUUAGACUUGGGAAACUGAACGAGGACAGCACGACAUUUUUGAAAACUAUGGGUGGAGAAUUUCCGUGGGGGUGCUUGGACGAAAAAGGGAAACUCAUGUUCCCAGAGGAUGCAUUCAAAUCACUGCAGACUGAAGAUCUCGCAGCUGUUGCUCUUGAAGUUCUGAAAAACGUGGCCAAGAUCUUCAAGAACAACGUUACAUCGGCCAAAUGGGAUCGUGAAAAAUUUAACAUUUUUAAAAACAUUCUGUCACGACAAGUUGAGAAUCUAGGGAAAUGCGAAUUCAGCGAGUGUGCAUGGGAGAUUGUGAGGCAUGAGCUUCACUACACCUUGAAAAAGUUCGGGGCUUUUCUGAAGAAAGGAGCAAAACAGUAG